UGAUGAUGAUGAUGAUGAUGAUGACAGAGAAAAGCGAUGGUUUCCCUUCGUUAUGAUUUUGAGUAGAGAGGAAUUAAUUACAUGGAGACUCGCCUGACAUGCCAAGGAAGGAGUUGCCACUACCUGAGGGUUGGGAGGAAGCCAGAGACUUUGAUGGCAAAAUCUAUUACAUUGACCACAUCAACCAGUGCACCAGCUGGAUCGACCCCAGAGACAGGCAGACGAAGCCUCUGACGUUUGCUGACUGUAUCGGGGAUGAGCUGCCGGUCGGCUGGGAGGAGGCGUACGACCCCGUCAUCGGAGCGUACUAUGUCGACCACAACACCAAGAGCACCCAGCUGGAGGACCCGCGGGCUCAGUGGCAGCGGGAGCAGGAGGCCAUGCUGCGGGACUACCUGGCCGUGGCCCGGGACGCCCUCAGCGCUCAGAAGGAGAUCUACCAGGUGAAGGAGCAGAGGCUGCGACUGGCGCAGCAGGAGUACCGGCAGCUCAACGACGCGUGGAGGGACAAGUCCACGUCGCAGACCAGCUUGAAUUCCAGAUCCUCCUCCUCCAGCAAGUACGACCCGGACAUCCUGAAGGCAGAGAUCGCCACGGCCAAAAGUCGGGUGAACAAGCUGAAGCGGGACCUGGCCUGUAUGAAGCAGGAGCUGCAGUAUAAAGAACAAGGCUUUGAGACGCUCAAAGAGAUCGACCAGAAGGUGUCCAACAGCCCGUAUGGCUACAAGCUGCAGGAGGCGCAGGCCAUCCUCAGUGAGGUCCGCUCCAUCCGAGACGCCAUCAGCUCGGGGGAGAAGGAGAAACAGGAGCUCAUGCAGAAACUGGCGGUGCUGAAGGACGGUUUCCAGCUGGACUCGGGCUCGCAGCAGGAGCUGUGGGGCAGCAGCCCCUCGCUCGCCAACUCGGAGCUUUCCAUCCCUCGGCUCUACUCCGACGCCGGCUCUCAGACCGACAUCCCCGCUGAGUUCAUAACCAGCACCAACAAACUGGCGGAGAAGGUUCGUCUGAGUCUGAAGUACGAGGAGGCCAAGAGAAGGAUCGCCACCAUCGAGGUGCAGAUCGCCAAACUGGACAGCGAGGCGUGGCCGGGGCUGCUGGACCCCGAGCGGGAUCGCCUCAUCCUCAUCAACGAGAAGGAGGAGCUGCUGAAGGAGCUGCAGUACGUCAGCCCCCGCCAGCGGCUGGAGCCCAACGACGCCGAGAAGCUGGAGUCCGAGAAGAAGCGUCUGGAGAGAGACCUGCAGGCCGCCAGAGACAACCAGAGCAAGGCGCUGACUGAGAGGCUGCGUCUUCACUGCAGAAGGAACAAGCUGGUCAGAGAGCUGGAGGAGAUGGUUCGACUGGCCACGUCACUACACACUCAACUCAAGAGCCUGUCGGCCAGCACCCUGUCAUGUUCCUCCGGCAGCAGUCGAGGCUCGCUGACGUCCAGCCGUGGCUCUCUGGCCACCACCUCCAGCCUGGGCUCCACCUCCUCCCUCAGCUUCACCGACAUCUACCUGGAGCAGCCCGAGCUGGCAGACCCGGACUUCCAGAACAAGCUGGACAGCCUCCUGCAGGACGGCGGCCAGGCGGGCUACCGCCCCUCCAGCUCCAUCACCACCAUCCACGAACACGAGGUGGUGACGGGAGGAGGAGGAGGAGGAGGAGGUAUCGGAGUGGAGAUGGGGUCGUCCAGGAUCCAGGCCCUCAGACUGUCAGAAACCCCUCGCUCCAUGAGCUCUUUAUCUCCACGGUCGUCUCUCUCCUCGCUGUCUCCGCCGUGCUCGCCGCUGGUCACAGACACUAGUUUCCUCUCCGGUGAGACAUUCACAGGCCAGCCGGGGCCCGGCGGGUUAGGCCUGGACCUGGAGCUCCACAGCAGGCUAGCAGAGCUGGAGCUCAGCCUGGACUCUCAGGAGCAGCGACCCGACAGAGGCCCAGGUGGGCUGGAGGAGAAGCAGAGCCUCAACACCACGCUGGGCGAGGAGGUCAAAGACUCAGCUCCCCAGCUGCGGGGGACGGGGGCGGGGCCAAAGAAGAUUGGCGUGACCUCGGCGGUGUCUGACGAAUCAGUGGCCGGUGACAGCGGCGUGUACGAGCCUUCGGAGCGCAGACCCGGCCUCCCUGCGGACCUCCUCCUGGGCUCCUACGAGGAGCGGCUGGCGCUCGGCUGCUCCCAGGUGCAGCUCGGCUUCCGCUACGAGUCCAGAGACCAGCGCUUCACCGUCUACGUCAUGCAGCUGUCCAACUGCAGCGCCCUCUGUCUGCCGGCUGACCAGAAAAUGUAUGUGCGUGUGGUGGUGCUGCCCUGCGUGGAGGCCACGCGCUGCCUCUUCCGGACACGCGGCUUCCUGCCUCAGGACGUCGUGGAGGUCAACGAGGUGUUCGGCAUGCAGAUAUCCCACAGUGCACUGCGCCAGAAGACCCUGAGGGUCGACGUCUGCAACACCAGCAAGUCGGGCCACGAGGAGUGUCUGGCGGGAGCCCAGAUCAGUCUGGCUGAUGUCAGCUGUUCGGAGGAGAGAUGCACCAAGUGGUACAACCUGCUGAGCCGCGCCUACAUGCCUGAGAUCAGCAGCAGCAGCGAGGACAAAGAGAGCCGAGCGGCGGGCGGCUCCGACAGGACUCGUGUUUCCAGCAGUGACACAGUCGGAGCUCCGGAGGACGACGAGUGGCACGGCGACUCGCUGGAGGCAGACCUGUUUGAUGAGGAGGAGGGAAACGGCGUGGAGGGAGUGGGGCCCCUGGAGGAAGAGGACGACUUUUAUCCUGACAGCAGCCAAUGGGAGGAGGAGGAGGAAGAGGAGGCGAAGGCGACCAAACCCCCUCCUCCGAUAGCAGCAGCCAUCACGGAGAAGGUGAACAAGGAGACGAGCAUGGACGGCUUGUCGUCGUCACACCACUGCUCCGUGGUUCGGCCCAAGGAGCGGCGGCCCGACGUCCACCAGCAGAACCCCUUCAUGAGGGGGAACACCAUCAUCCGCUCCAAGACCUUCUCCCCCGGACCUCAGAGCCAGUACAUCUGCAGGAUUAACCGCAGCGACAGCGACAGCUCCACCCUCUCCAAGAAGUCUCCGUUCGUCAGAAACGCCUCGGAGAGACGCAGCAUGCGCAUGAAGAAGCCUCCAGUGCAGGUCAAAGGUCUGGACGGUCUGCUGCGGACGUCCCUGGACCUGGAGCUGGACCUGCAGGUGUCCCGGACGCGGCAGGCCCGGCUGUCGCAGGAGCUGCGGGUGCUGCGGGAGCUGAAGACCCAGCUGGAGAAGGCGAGGCAGCAGGGCCAGAGAGAGCUGCCCGCCUGGGUCCAAGAAGACGAGCGCUUCCGCCUCCUCCUCAAGCAAGCGGAGAAACAGACGCGUGAGGAGCAGCUGCAGGAGAAGAGGGUGGAGAAGAUGAUGAGGGCAGCAGCUAAGGACGUCCACAAGAUCAGGGGCCAGAGCCGCAAAGAGGUCCCUGAGGUCCAGACCUUCAGAGAGAAGAUGGCGUUCUUCACACGAGCGAAGACCAGCAUCCCCGACCUGCCGGCUGACAACGUGUAGAGAAGCAUUUCAAAGUAUUUCCCUCUCCCCCAACCCCCCGUCUCCUCACCCGUCGGUCUUAACCUGCUGUUCCCUCACAAAUGAAGCAAACGUU